AUGCGCCACGAAAUCAUACGCCAUCUCACCGGAUUCGAUAGAGGUGCGUACGUCGCCACGCUCGAGUCCAAGGCUCGACGAACCCUUCCAGACGCUUUUCGCACCUGGCUUCUUGAAUGGCCUGCGCGUGCCGUGGUAGGGUUGUACUGGGCUGGGCUACCUGUCAAGUACAGACGCGAGAGGUCGCCGCGAUACAGUGCUGUCGGUCGCUAUUUCCUCGGGAAUGUAUCGCAGGCGAUUGGAAUGAUAGGUAUAUGGGUCGGUGAUUCUAUCGAUCCACGCGAUCCGGUGUACAUGUUGGAGUUGUACCGGAACCCCAAUACAAAGGCGAGCUUGCGGUACGUCUUUGCUGGGCGGGGCGCAGGCGAGAGGUUGGUAGGGCAAGUGCAUUCAGCGGAACCGAUACAUCUGGUUCUUUUCCAUGAUGAGAAUCGCGCUGCCGUUGCGAAGGACUGGAUUGGCUUCCUGAGGGGAGAACUUAUACACUAG